AUGGGGGAUACAAGAGACAUCUGUCCUCACCUGGAUUCCAUAGGAGAGGUGACUAGGGAUGACCUGCUGCUCAAAUCCAAGGGAACUUGCCAGUCUUGUGGAGCUGUGGGACCAAAUCUCUGGGCUUGUCUUCAGAUCGGUUGUCCUUAUGUUGGGUGCGGGGAGUCCUUUGCUGACCACAGCACACUUCAUGCACAGGCCAAAAAGCACAACCUGACGGUGAACCUGACCACUUUCCGCAUCUGGUGUUACGCCUGUGAAAAGGAGGUGUUCUUGGACCAGCGCCUGGCAACGCACACCCAGUCACCGCCAGUGAAGUUCCCUGAACCGGAUUCUCCUUUGCCUGCUCACCCUCUGAAAGCCGUUCCAAUUGCCGUGGCUGAUGAAGGCGAGUCUGAAUCGGAGGACGAUGAUUUGAAACCAAGAGGCCUUACUGGAAUGAAAAACCUUGGGAACUCCUGCUACAUGAAUGCAGCACUUCAGGCUCUCUCUAACUGCCCACCUCUCACGCAGUUUUUUCUGGAAUGUGGUGGACUGGUGCGGACGGAUAAGAAACCAGCGCUGUGCAAAAGUUACCAGAAGUUGGUGUCUGAGGUUUGGCAUAAGAAACGCCCAAGUUAUGUUGUCCCGAGCAGUCUAUCCCAUGGAAUUAAACUCGUCAACCCCAUGUUCCGAGGCUACGCGCAGCAGGACACUCAGGAGUUCCUGCGGUGCCUGAUGGAUCAGCUUCACGAAGAGCUGAAGGAACCAAUCGUUGCGGAGACGAGAGAUCUGGAUACCGCUGACCAGGACGACAAGCGAGAGGGUGACCGAAGUCCCUCCGAGGAUGAGUUCCUCUCGUGUGACUCCAGCAGCGAGAGGGGGGAAGGAGAUGGUCAAAGUCGGACAACUGGGGGCAUGGCAGAGACUGAGCUGCUGAUCCAGGAUGAGGCGGGGAGGGGGAUCUCUGAGAAGGAGAGGAUGAAGGACAGGAAGUUCUGCGGCCAUCGGCGCAGCAACUCGGAGCAGGUGGAUGAGGAUGCGGAUGUUGAUACGACUAUGAUGCCAGUUGAUGAACCUGACAACGAUGCCUACGUGCGCUGCUCCUCUCGCCCCUGCAGUCCAGUCCAUCACGAAAUGCACUCCAAGCUCUCUAGCAGCCCUCCUCGCUCCAGUCCUGCCAGGCUUGGGCCUUCCUACGUACUCAAGAAAGCCCAGGUGCAGGCUUCUGGGAAAAAGAAGAAAGAACUUCGCUAUCGCAGUGUGAUUUCUGACAUCUUCGAUGGCUCCAUUCUCAGCCUGGUGCAGUGCCUCACCUGCGACAGAGUUUCUACGACAGUGGAGACAUUCCAGGACCUGUCACUUCCAAUCCCAGGGAAGGAGGACCUGGCCAAGCUGCACUCUGCCAUCUACCAAAACGUGCCAGCUAAGACGGGGGCGUGUGGGGACAACUACGCCUCGCAGGGCUGGAUCGCUUUCAUCAUGGAGUACAUCCGGAGGUUUGUGGUGUCCUGUAUCCCUAGCUGGUUUUGGGGCCCUGUUGUGACGCUGGAGGAUUGCCUUGCUGCCUUUUUUGCAGCAGAUGAGUUGAAGGGGGACAACAUGUACAGCUGUGAACGGUGCAAAAAACUGCGGAAUGGAGUAAAGUACUGCAAAGUCCUCCGGCUACCAGAGAUUCUUUGCAUCCACUUGAAACGGUUCCGGCAUGAGGUGAUGUAUUCUUUCAAGAUCAACAGUCACGUCUCCUUCCCCUUGGAAGGGCUGGAUCUGCGACCGUUCCUAGCCAAGGAGUGUGUCUCCCAGAUCACCACCUACGAUCUCCUGUCAGUCAUCUGUCACCACGGCACAGCAGGCAGUGGGCAUUACAUAGCCUACUGCCAGAACGUGAUCAACGGCCAGUGGUACGAGUUCGAUGACCAGUACGUCACCGAAGUCCACGAGACGGUGGUACAGAACGCGGAAGCCUAUGUCUUGUUCUACAGGAAGAGCAGCGAGGAGGCUGUGCGAGAGCGUCAGAAGGUCGUGUCGCUGGCCAGCAUGAAGGAGCACAGCUUGCUGCAGUUCUACAUCUCUCGAGAGUGGCUCAAUAAAUUCAACACCUUUGCCGAGCCCGGUCCCAUCACCAACCACACCUUUCUGUGCGCUCAUGGAGGGAUCCCUCCUAAUAAAUACCAUUAUAUCGACGACCUGGUGGUGAUCCUGCCCCAGAACGUGUGGGAGUAUCUCUACAACAGGUUCGGGGGCGGCCCUGCUGUGAACCACCUGUACGUGUGCUCCAUUUGCCAAGUGGAGAUCGAAGCGCUUGCCAAACGCAGGAGGAUCGAGAUCGACACCUUCAUCAAG